GAAGAACGCUAAGCGGAUGCUUGACAUUUAUACAUUCGGUGAAAUAUCUGUUUCAUUGUUCUAUCUGUGAUGAUACGUUUGGUGAAAGGCUAGCUUAGUGACAGGCGGCUCGGGCUCCGGGACUGCAGCUGGAUGCAUCUCUGAUAAGACUAGAGCUAGGCAGGCAGAUGACAAUGGUUUGAAGACUGGUUCGUUUAUUAUUCAACGUUAAAUACCCAUUCAUUUUACAACGCACCACAACAAUCAAAUUAGCUAACCAUGGCUAACGGUAAGUGAAAUCUGCUAUGCUUAGCUACUUGCAAUGAUAACGUUAGAUAGCUAGCUAAUCUCUGUAAUGUUUCGAAACUAGUUAACGCAGCAAGCUAGCGUUUAAAUUAGUAAUAUUAUUGUUGGGUGUGAAUUUAUUUGCUAGCAACGCACUAAAGUUAAACAAGUUGUCUUUGGUAUUUUGCUAACGGAAAAGAGACUGUCUCUGAAUGGAAGCGCAAAUGCUACGUAGCUAGCUAGUUAGCCAGGUGCAGAUACAUCAUGGUGGUUCUGGCUAAACCAAUCCGUCGGCUACAUAGUUAGAUUGUUAUUGUAAACGAAUUCAGAAAAUAGAGAAUCACGUCAAUAAGUGGCCAUCCACAUUAGGCCUUUUCAAACUGCAUUGUUCUUAGCCCCGGGCUAUCUUAGCCCAGGCUAAAACUGGUCCAGGGCUAGUUUGCCCUGUAUUCACACAAGCAUUUGUUAACCCGGGACUGAGCUUUAGCCCUGUAUUCACACUUAUAUUCCAAAGCCCUGGGCUAACGGACAAGCACAACAUGCUGAUACGACCAACAAUAUAUCUCUGCCACGUGACCAUUGUUACAAGUAAGGCAUUUAUUAACACAUUAGGUCCUCUUGCUUCUAGCAUAACAAUGUGUUACCAGCACUGAAUGUUUGAAAACAUUGCUGCCUGACUCUGACCUCGGAAACAAGGUUUCACAUUUUAAAUGCGAUCUUGCCCCUGCACAGAGAAUGCUGUUCACGGACGAGACAUAAACUUUUCUGAUCCAGGCAAAAGCAUGCAACAACAUUAUCAUGGAUGGUAAUAUCUAGAUACAUGUCAAUAGAAAAUCUAUGAAAACAGACGGAAAUUGAGACCUGUGUGAAGCAAUCCAACAAUAAGGAUGAGCCACAAUAGUGGAAUUUGCUGUUCUGCUUCAAAAUAUAAGUCCCCCAUUGAAGGUGACUCAAACGGAUACAAAUAAUGGAAUCAUGCCGUAUUUGAACUAGAUAAUGCUAAACAAGGUCGGAAUAAGUUAAUUUGACACAAAGUAACAAAUCAGUUGAGUCACAUGGUGGAUAUAUUAGACUUUAGGAUUGCAUUAGGGGCAUAGGUACAGCCUAACCUAUGGAUUGUUCACCCAUGAAAUGGGGGUAUCAGCCUACUCGGUGACACACAGAACACAACUGUAGAGUUUUUAAACAAAUAUUACCAUCUUAUCUAAUUAGUUGAGAAACCAACUGCUUCAAAGAAACAAUGCAAACCAUGAUGGACUGGCAUAGCUGUUAAUGACGUAUAUUAUCCUAAUGAUGAUGCUCCUUUACACAUUAAAAUCAGCCUUGACAUGUGCCCAAAAAUGCAUCAAGUCAAUCGCUUGGCCUGACAUAAGAAUAAAUACAGUAAAGUACACACACUAAAGGGUAAAAAAAAACAUGUAAGCAAAAUAGUGUUUUUUUAGACACAACUGCAGACUUCAAAGAGUAGGCCAGGGCAUUCAAGGAGUUGGUCUGAUGGUGCUUGCUGAUGUCAUCGGCCUCCUCCUUUGCUUGAGGAACAAUAGAGAUCAAAAGAGGAAAGCCCCCCCAUAUUUAGCAGAUGUUAUGUUUAGCGAAAUGCUUAUGUUCGUAGCUCCAACAGUGACAUGAGUUGGGGUGAAUGUGAAUUGAAGUCAGUCAAUUCAGGAAGUGAUUUGAAUUUACAAAAAUGGAGAGAAUUUGACAUAAAUAGCUUCUCCUUCUCCGCUUAUUUAGAAGUAAAUGAAAAUGGAUAGGCCUACCUCUUUUAAAUUAUUGCAUUGGAAUAUCAUUUAUCUCAAAUUGACCCCAACCCUGAGGCCUAAAUCCAACAUUUAAGUGAGAUGAGGAUCCCACUGCACUCCAUGCAUUACGGUUCCAUAGGCUCUCCAAUUCACCUUCAUUUACAGUUUUACUGUGUUCAAGUAGACUGUUAUCAGUAGUUUGUUUCUUUGUUGUUGUUAGUCAUUCAAAAUGUACAGGCCUACAGUAUUUGGCACCCUCUGCUGGUGAUUUGCAGGAUGUGCAAUGAUAGAAGUAAAAGGAGGGCUGUGAUUGCCAAAUAUGCCAAUUUCUCUCUAUAAAAUGGACCGUAACUUUAAAACUAGCAGAGAUCCAACUCUAGAACUUUGAUAUGCCCGUAGAGUAUGUUCAACAAUAUAUUGGAAAAUUCCCAAUCAAAAUGUUGUUAAUUAUUUUAUUAAUGUAAGAAAAUUGUUACUGAAAUCAAAAUGCUACUCGUAUUAUAGGGCAAGCGGUAAAGCUUCAUAUGACAUGUAGUGAGUGAUAUGUAGCCCAAAAUCAUAUUUAAUGACAUUUCAUCUUUCAGUCAAGCAAUACUUUAUGUACGCAUAUGGUUCCCACCAUAGAACUAACAAUAUGUCCCAUUCACCACACAACCCCCCCCCCCCCAAGCGCCACAAGACCCACUUGCUGCGGCUGAGAGAGAUCUUCGGUAAAGAGGCAAGAAUUUGUUUAAUUUGCAUAACUGUAUUAAUGCUUUAAAUAUUCUACAUAAUAGAAAUAAGGAUGUUCUCUUUUGUAUUGCAUGUUCUUUGGUUUAAAAUAUUAGUUUUAUUCCCCCCUUAUUAUUUGUAUUUCACAGUAACACCUACAGUCCACAAUCUUAAUUUACUAUGAUAGUUUUAGGAUAUGUAUUUCCAAAAUGGUUAGUGUUACAAAAACUGUCUUUCCUUAGUUUGUCCUGGUGGUGGGUGAUUCUAAUCUUCGUGCCUUACUGGAUGAUAUUGUACCCAUGUCAAACCGAGCUGGUAGCACAGGUCAUGCUGGCCUGGCUUUUGGCUUCAUGUCCACUCCUGGAGCCAGAGCUCCACAUCUGGAGGCAGAUGUUUGUGGGAUUGUGUUACCACAAGGCCUUGUCCCGGACAUUGUCUGUCUCUUAGCUCCUGGUAACAACUUUACAGACAGUCCAUCCAUCGAUCAGGCAGGGAAAAGGUUUAAAUAACUCCUCCACACUGCUCUGUUGAAGUGGACUGAGUAAAUCCUUAAUUACCAUUACUAGUUGCAUAAACACAUGACGUAAGUGAAAAUCACAAUUUCUAAGACCAUGUUUUGCAAAUUACUAAAACCCUGUAAUGUCACUUGUAAUUAUUUGCAGGUCUUUGUACAUGACCUCCCACGCCACAUUGACGGCAUAAAGGAUCCAAAGUACCAGGAGCAGCUGGCAUUGGAGUAUGAAGGCCAAGCAUGGGAGCUGCUUCUACAUCUGCAUUGCUUGCUGUUUGGGGUUUUAGGCUGGGUUUCUGUAUAGCACUUUGUGACAUCUGCUGAUGUAAAAAGGGCUUUAUAAAUAAAAUGUGAUUGAUUGAUAGGUGUGACUUGCGCCUUCCCACUGGUUCCUCUGGUCCCACAAUAAAGUACAUCUGAGUGAUGAUUAUGGGAUGCCAAUUUGGCCACGCUGAUCAGACACUUUGUUCGAGGGACUGCGGUGCAUGGGUGCAACUAGGCCUACUUCUGCUGGGAUCCAAAGUGUAAGAUAACUUCUCAUUUUAAUGGUAACUUUUUUUUCUCCUUAUUUUCUCUGCAUUUAUGCAUAGUCCAGUCAAAUGAGAUGUCUAGUGCAUUUAUUUCAGGAUGGGUUGGAGGCAAGGUUGGCCAGUUCUCCAGGGCCACUACUUCUAGUGUACCCCCAGCAGGACCCCUGCCUGCAGCCCCAAAUCAAAUCAAAUUUUAUUGGCCACAUGCGCCGAAUACAACAGGUGCAGACAUUACAGUGAAAUGCUUACUUAACCAACAGUGCAAAAAUAAAACAACAACAAAAAAAGUGUUGAGAAAAAAAGAGCAGAAGUAAAAGAAAAUAACAGUAGGGAGGCUAUAUAUACAGGGGGGUACCGGUGCAGAGUCAAUGUGCGGGGGCACCGGCUAGUUGAGAUAGUUGAAGUAAUAUGUACAUGUGGGUACACCUGCUCCUCCUACUGCUGGCCUUGGGAUCCACAGUGUAAGAUGUCUGAUUUUAAUGUGAUUGUUACUUAUUUUCUCUGCACUUGUGCACUGUCCAGACCACAUUGGGUGUCUAAUGCCUAAAUCAUUUCUGGUUGGGACAGAGGCAAGGUUGGAACCCCAGUGGCUGUUGCUGCAUCAGUUCAGCCAUGUGGAGGCAAAGAAGUACUUUCAGGUGAUCCUCAGGGUAUGUUAUUUACUGUUGUUAUUGGUAGAAAUGUCAUCAAUAUAUGUUUAAGUGUGCAUGUGUUGGAAAGUAUUUAAUAAUCAAUGCAAAACCUAAAAUAUCCAUAUGAUUACAGGGUAAAGUGAACGGUGGCGUUAUCUGCAGCACCAGGAUCAUCCUUGAGGGUCAGCGUGACAGAGGUGGACGUCCUGUUCAAUCACCAUUCUACCACACCUAUUUUUACUAAUCAACUGCUCAACAUGACCACGAGUAGUAGAAUCUGGUCUAGAACAAAAGCCUGAACAGCCUGCAGCUCUUAAAGAGCGGGUGGGGGCAGCCCUGAUGGGGUGACCUGUUCUUCUUCAAUCUACUUUAUUCUACAUUUUGUUGUAAAUAGUUAAUGGGUGUAUGUUGAUUUGUGUAUUUUCCAGGAGCUUGCUUGGUUGUCUUAUUAAAAAGAGAUCAUGGAAUAAUUAGGCAGUUUCUCCUAUAUUGGCUCAAAUGGGUUACUGUUUUUUGCUUCUCUGUUAAGUCAUUUCUUUAAAUAAAUACUGAUUAAAACAUUUAUGUUGCAAUUUAUUAUUGGGUAUCUUAAAUACUGUCACCGAGGAGGCUGAUACUCAAUUUCGUGGACCUAAGAUCUAUAGGUAAGGCUGUACAUUGCAAGAUUAAUGUUCAAUACACAGUAGGUUGAGUGGUGAACUUAAUGUGGCUAGUUUCACACCGGUUUCAAAGUCCCUCAAUAAGUGCUAUGAUGCUAAUAUUUGUGAAAACUCUUCACAGUUAUGUCCUGUGGGUGUCACCGAGUAGGCUGAUACCCCAUUUCAUGGGUGAACAAUCUCUAGCUUAGGCUCUACAGUCCAAAUUGAGUUCAACACGUAUACUAGGCUUAAUGUGGCUCAUUUCGCAUUGUUUUUUAGUUGCACUAUAGGAGCUAAGAUGCUAAUAUUUGUGUAAACUCUACAUAGUUGUGUUCUGUGGGUGUCACCAAGUAAGCUGAUACCCCAUUUCAUGGGUGCACAAUCGCUAGUAUAGGCUGUACAGUAUGCCCCCAAUGCAAUUGUGGUCUAAUACAGUACAUCCACAAUGGGAUUUCAACCGUUUUUUUCUGCUUAUUGACAACAACAACAAAAAAUUGUAUUUAAUUUGGAAUUAUGUAACAACACUACAACCUUGUUUAGCGUUAUUUAGUCCAAAUAUGGCUUGAUUCCACUUGAUCAGUUUGCAUCACUUUCAAGGGGGUACCUUUAUUUUGAAGGCGAAACCCAAAUUCCACUAUUGUGGCUAUUUUCACACAGGUGAAAUUGAGCGCUUGCUGCCCCUCCAGCUGUAGAGUUGGUGGACUUUCGAAACACCCACUCGCUUGCUACCCAUACCUUUUUGAGUUUGUGGCUUUAGUUGGCUAGCUGCCUAUAUGAGAAGACGUGAGCCAGCCUGCAUAGCACCCGUUUUUGUUAGCCAUUGCAACCAAUGUAUUUGCACUGAUGAAAGUAUUUAGUUUUUUUGUCAGGAUUGUGUCCUCAGAUGGAAGGUUGAAAUUGUAUAUAUUUACUUAUCAAAAUAGCUACAGAACGCAUCACAAGCAUAUGCAAAUUAAGUGAAAGUGCAGCUUUUGUGAUUGGACAAUGAAAAUUCGUUCUGACCCCUUUUCACACUGGCUAUUUGUGCAUCAUGUUUCUGGGGCUAGCCCCAAAAGUCAGUGCUAACCUUGCUCCGGAGCAGGGCCAGUUAGCCCUGGGCUAAGGUUGGUGCUAGCCCACUUUAGAAUGUGCAAGUGUGAACGCUAGCUUAGCCCCGGGCUAAAAUCUCCCUUAGCCCAGUGCUAAGCAGGCUCUUAGCCCUGGGCUAAGGUGCAGUGUGAACACACCUAGAAGGUGUGAUUUCUGGUUCCUUGCCUCACUUUCUGCUGUCAAGACUCCCUGUCCUCUCUCUCCACAGAGCCAGUGAGUGUGGUGUUCAAGGUGUACUGUCUGUCAGUGAUGACAAUGGUGGCAGCAACUUACACUGUGGUAUUACGAUACACAAGGACAAUAUCAUCAACAGCUAUGUACUUCUCUACAACAGCAGUAUGCGUCACAGAGGUUAUUAAAUUGUUCUUGAGCCUUGGGAUGUUGACCAAGUAAGUAGGCUAUAUCUAGGACCCUGCUUUGCCACCUAUUCUAUAUCCUGUGUUUUCAUGACAGUCCAAAUAAUGUUACAAAUCCACGUGUAAAAUAAACAAGUGAUUGCUAUCCAAGUGGUCUCAGCCUUGAAUAAAUACAUAGAAUACCCUUGCAGGAAUUGACAUUAUGUUUUGCCAUAUUGCCCAGGCAAGUGACCUGAGCAGUCGCUGGUUGAGUCUGCACUGUGGUAGCCCCAUUGGGCAGGUGAUAUACAGUACCAGUCAAAAGUUUGGACACACCUACUCAUUCCAGGGUUUUUCUUUAUUUUGACUAUUUUCUACAUUGUAGAAUAAUAGUGAAGACAUCAAAACUAUGAAAUAACACAUAUGGAAUCAUGUAGUAACCAAAAAAGUGUUACACAAAUCAAAAUAUAUUUUAUAUUUGGGAUUCUUCAAAGUAGCCACCCUUUGCCUUGAUGACAGCUUUGCACACACUUGCAAUUCUCUCAACCAGCUUCAUGAGGUAGUCACCUGGAAUGCAUUUAAAUUAACAGGUGUGCCUUGUUAAAAGUUAAUUUGUGGAAUUUCUUUCCUUAAUGCGUUUGAGCCAAUCAGUUUUGUUGUGACAAAACAGCUCAAAUAAGCAAAGAGAAGCUACAGUCUGUCAUUACUUUAAGACAUGAAGGUCAGUCAAUCCGGAAAGUUUCAAGAACUUUUAAACUUUCUUCAAGUGCAGUCGCAAAAACCAUCAAGCGCUAUGAUGAAACUGGCUCUCAUGAGGACCGCCACAGGAAAGGAAGACCCAGAGUUACUUCUGCUGCAGAGGAUAUGUUCAUUAGAGUUACCAGCCUCAGAAAUCGGCAAUUAACUGCACCUCAGAUUGCAGCCCAAAUAAAUGCUUCACAGAGUUCAAGUAGCAGACACAUCUCAGCAACUGUUCAUAGGAGACUGAAUCAGGUCUUCAUGGUCAAAUUGCUGCAAAGAAACCACUACUAAAGGUCACCAAUAAGAAGAAGAUACUUGUUUGGGCCAAGAAACACAAGCAAUGGACAUUAGACUGGUGGAAAUCUGUCCUUGGGUCUGAUGAGUCCAAAUUUGAGAUUUUUGGUUCCAACCGCCGUGUCUUUGUGAGAAGCAGAGUAGGUGGACGGAUGAUCACCGCAUGUGUGGUUCCCACCAUGAAGCAUGGAGGAGGAGGUGUGAUGGUGUGGGGGUUCUUUGCUGGUGACAGUGUCUGUGAUUUAUUCAGAAUUCAAGGCACACUUAACCAGUAUGGCUACCACAGCAUUCUGCAGCAAUACGCCAUCCCAUCUGGUUUGCGCUUAGUGGGACUUCAUUUGUUUUUCAACAAAACAAUGACCCAAAACACACCUCGAGGCUGUGUAAGGGCUAUUUGACCAAGAAGGAGUGCUACAUCAGAUGACCUGGCCUCCACAAUCACCCGACCUCAACCCAAUUGAGAUGGUUUGGGAUGAGUUGGACCGCAGAGUGAAGGAAAAGCAGCCAACAAGUGCUCAGCAUAUGUGGGAACUCCUUCAAGACUUUUGGAAAAGCAUUCCAGUUGACUACCUCAUGAAGCUGGAUGAGAGAAUACCAAGAGUGUGCAAAUCUGUCAUCGAGGCUAAGGGUGGCUAUUUGAAGAAUCUCAAAUAUAAAAUAUAUUUUGAUUUGUUUAACACUUUUUUGGUUAUUACAUGAUUCCAUAUGUGUUAUUUCAUAGUUUUGAUGUGUUCACUAUUAUUCUACAAUGUAGAAAAUAGUACAAAUAAAGAAAAACCCUUGACUGAGUAGGUGUGUCCAAACUUUUGACUGGUACUGUAUAUAUUCUUUUCAUUUUUUUCCCACUGAUAACCAAAAUGCAAAGAAUUCCAGUAGUCGUAUUUGUGGUUCCUCCUGUCUGUAGGUGAAAAUAGCUACUUUAUUUAAAGUGAUCAGAAUUUUCGAGCAACCAAAAAAUACUCCUGACUUGCCCGAUAGGCGAGUGACUUUCAGACCUUAAUGUCAAUCCCUGCCUUGUAUUGAGUAUUUUGUUGAAAGAAUGAAUGCCCCAGUUGCUUAACUUUUGUACAUGUUUGUCUUCAUUUUUACCUUGCAGAGAAACUGGCAGCUUUGGCAGGUUAAAAGCAUCCAUAGUUGAACAUGUGUUUCAGAGUCCAAAAGAGCUGCUGAAACUGAGUGUUCCCUCUGUGGUCUAUGCGAUUCAGAAUAACAUGGCCUUCAUUGCCCUGAGCAAUCUUGAUGCAGCGGUGUAUCAGGUAUUAACUUGACAUUUCUUGAUUUCUUCAGAAAACGGCACAUUAAUAAUUGACGUGUAUACUUCCUUCCUGGCUCAUGCUCACUGUUACACUGCAUUUCCCUACCAAGGUGACCUAUCAGUUGAAGAUCCCGUGCACAGCCCUGUGCAUGGUCCUAAUGCUGAACCGCUCUCUCAGCCGGCUGCAGUGGUUGUCUGUCUGCAUGCUGUGUGGGGGCGUAGCUUUGGUCCAGUGGAAACCUGCAGAGGCCUCUAAAGUCCAGGUACCCUUGGUAUUUGUCAGUUUUUUUAUUUUAUUUUUUAUUACCUUCAUUUAUCCAAAAAGUCCCAUUUGAGAUCAGAAGACCUCUUUUACAAGGGAGACCUGGCCAAUGGGCAUGUCAAGUGUAUACUGGUUAAUUGCUGAUGUUCCAAUUAAGCAAUAAGGCACGAGGGGGUGUGGUAUACAGUGCAUUUGGAAAGUAUUCAGACCCCUUCACUUUUUCCACAUUUUGUUACGUUACAGCCUUAUUCUAAAAUUGAUUUUUUUUUUAUUCUCCAUCUACACACUACCCCAUAAUGACAAAGCAAAAACAGGUUUUUAGAAAUGUUUGCAAAUGUAUUCAAAAUAAAAAUAUCACAUUUACGUAAGUAUUCAGACCCUUUACUCAGUACUUUGUUGAAGCGCCUUUGGCAGCGAUUACACCCUCGAGUGUUCCUGGGUAUGACGCUACAAGCUUGGCACACCUGUAUUUGGGGAGUUUCUCCCAUUCUUCUCUGCAGAUCCUCUCAAGCUCUGUCAGGUUGAAUGGGGAGCGUCGCUGCACAGCUAUUUUCAGGUCUCCAGAGAUGUUCGAUCGGGUUCUGGCUGGGCCAGUCAAGGACAUUCAGAGACUUGUCCCGAAGCCACUCCUGUGUUGUCUUGGCUGUGUGCUUAGGGUCGUUGUCCUGUUGGACUUCGCCCCAGUCUGAGGUCCUGAGCGCUCUAGAGCAGGUUUUCAUCAAGGAUCUCUCUGUUCUUUGCUCCGUUCAUCUUUCCCUCGAUUCUGACUAGUCUCCCAGUCCCUGCCGCUGAAAAACAUCCCCACAGCAUGAUGCUGCCCACCACCAUGCUUCACUGUAGGGAUGGUGCCAGGUUUCCUCCAGAUGUGACGCUUGGCAUUCAGGCCAAAGAGUUCAAUCUUGGAUUCAUCAGACCAGAGAAUCUUGUUCCACAUGGUCUGAGUGUCCUUUAGGUACCUUUUGGCAAACUCCAAGUGGGCUGUCGUGCCUUUUUACUGAGGAGUGGCUUCUGUCUGGCCACUCUACCAUAAAGGCCUGAUUAGAGGAGUACUGCAGAGAUGGUUAUCCGUCUGGAAGUUUCUCCCAUCUCCACAGAGGAACUCUGUCAGAGUGACCAUCGGGUUCUUGGUCACCUCCCUGACAUCUCAAGGAUGAUCAAUGGAAACAGGAUGCACCUGAGCUCAAUUUCGAGUCUCAUAGCAAAGGGUCUGAAUACAUAUGUAAAUACGUUUUUUUUUUAUUGAUAUUUUUAAUAUAAAUUUGCAACAAUUUCUAAAAAAUUGUUUUCACUUUGUCAUUAUGGGGUAUUGUGUGUAGAUUGAUGAGGAGAAAACAUAUUUAAUCACUUUUAGAAUAAGGCUGUGUAAAAAGUGAAGGGAUCUGAAUACUUUCCGAAUGCACUGUAUGGCCAAUAUACCAUGGCUAAGGGCUGUUCUUAUGCACGACGCAACGCUGAGGGCCUGGAUACAGCCCUUAGCUGUGGUAUAUUGGCCAUAUACCACAAACGCCGAGGUGCCUUAUUGCUAUUAUAAACUGGUUACCAACAUAAUUAUAACAGUAAAAAUGUUUGUUUUGUCAUACCCAAUCAAAUCAAACCUACUUUUGUUUGUCACAUGCGCCGAAUACAACCUUACCGUGAAAUCCUUACAUACACGCCCUUAACCAACAAUGCAGUUUUAAGUAAAAUAUUUACGAAAUAAACUAAAGUAAAAAAUAAAAGAGCAACAAUAAAAUAACAAUAAUGAGGCUAUAUACAGGUUAGUCGAGGUAAUUGAGGUAAUAUGUACAUGUGGGUAGGGGUAAAGUGACUAUGCAUAGAUAAUAAACAGUGAGUAGCAGCAGCGUUAAAAAAAGGGGGUAGCCAUUUGAUUAGUCCGGGUAUAUUUUUAGGGCCUUCCUCUGACACCGCCUGGUUUAGAGGUCCUGGACGGCAGGAAGCUUGGCCCCAGUGAUGUACUGGGUCAUACUCACUACCCUCUGUAGCGCCUUGCGGUCGGAGUCCAAACAGUUGCCAUACCAGGCGGUGAUGCAACCAGUCAGGAUGCUCUCGAUGGUGCAGCUGUAUAACUUUUUGAGGAUCUGAGGACCCAUGCCAAAUGUUUUCAGUCUCCUGAAGGGGAGUAGGCGUUCUCGUGCCCUCUUCACGACUGUCUUGGUGUGUUUGGACCAUGAUAGUUUGUUGGUGAUGUGGACACCAAGGAACUUGAAGCUCUCAACCUGCUCCACUACAGCCCCGUCGAUGAGAAUGGGGGCGUGCUCGGCCUUCCUUUUCCUGUAAUCCAUGAUCAUCUCCUUUGUCUUGAUCACGUUGAGGGAGAGGUUGUUGUCCUGGCACCAAACUUCCAGGUCUCUGACCUCCUCCCUAUAGGCUGUCUUGUCGGUGAUCAGGUCUACCACCGUUGUCGUCGGCAAACUUAAUGAUGGUGUUGGAGUCGUGCUUGGCCACUCAGUCAUGGGUGAACAAGGUGUAUAGGAGGGGACUAAGCACGCACCCCUGAGGGGCCCCCGUGUUGAGGAUCAGCGUGGCAGAUGUAUUGUUGCCUACCCUUACCACCUGGGGGCGGCCCGUCAGGAAGUCCAGGAUCCAGUUGCAGAGGGAGGUGUUUAGUCCCAGGGUCCUCAGCUUAUUGAUGAGCUUUGAGGGCACUAUGGUGUUGAACGCUGAGCUGUAGCCAAUGAACAGCAUUCUCACGUAGGUGUUCUUUUUGUCCAGGUGGGAAAGGGCAGUGUGGAGUGCAAUAGAGAUUGCAUCAUCUGUGGAUCUGUUGGGGCGGUAUGCAAAUUGGAGUGGGUCUAGGAUUUCUGGGAUGAUGGUGUUGAUGUUAGCCAUGACCAGCCUUUCAAAGCACUUCAUGGCUACAGACGUGUGCUACGGGUCGGUAGUCAUUUAGGCAGGUUACCUUGGUGUUCUUAGAAACAGGGACUAUGGUGGUCUGCUUGAAACAUGUAGGUAUUACAGACUCAGCUAGGGACAUGUUGAAAAUGUCAGUGAAGACACUUGCCAGUUGGUCAGCGCAUGCUCGGAGUACACGUCCUGUUAAUCCGUCUGGCCCUGUGGCCUUGUGACUGUUGACCUGUUUAAAGGUCUUACUCACAUCGGCUACGGCGAGCGUGAUCACACAGUCGUCCGGAACAGCUGGUGCUUUCAUGCAUGCUUCAGUGUUGCUUGCCUCAAAGCGCGCAUAGAAGUAAUUUAGCUCGUAUGGUAGGCUUGUGUCACUGGGCAGCUCGUGGCUGGGCUUCCCUUUGUAGUCCGUAAUAGUUUGCAAGCCCUGCCACAUCAGACGAGCGUCGGAGCCGGUGUAGUAGGAUUCAAUCUUAGUCCUGUAUUGUCACUUUGCCCGUUUGAUGGUUCGUCUGAGGGUAUAGCGGGAUUUCUUAUAAGCGUCCAGGUUAGAGUCCUGCUCCUUGAAAGCAGCAGCUCUACCCUUUAGCUCAGUGCGGAUGUUGCCUGUAAUCCAUGGCUUCUGGUUGGGGUAUGUACGUACGGUCACUGUGGGGACAACGUCAUCGAUGCACUUAUUGAUGAAGCCGGUGACUGAUGUGGUGUACUCCUCAAUGCCAUCGGAUGAGUCCCGGAACAUAUUCCAGUCUGUGCUAGCAAAACAGUCCUGUAGCUUAGCACCUGCGUCAUCUGACCACUUUCGUAUUGAGCGAGUCACUGGUACUUCCUGCUUUAGUUUUUGCUUGUAAGCCGGAAUCAUGAGGAUAGAAUUAUGGUCAGAUUUGCCAAAUGGAGGGUGAGGGAGAGCUUUGUACACGUCUCUGUGUGUGGAGUAAAGGUGGUCUAGAGUUUAUUUCCCCUCUUGUUUCACAUGUAACAUGCUGGUAGAAAUGAGGUAAAACGGAUAUAAGUUUCCCUGCAUUAAAGUCCCCGGCCACUAGGAGCACCGUCUCUGGAUGAGCAUUUUCUUGUUUGCUUAUGGCUUUAUACAGCUCGUUGAGUGCGGUCUUAGUGCCAGCAUCGGUUUGUGGUGGUAAAUAGACGGCUACAAAAAAUAUAGAUGAAAACUCUCUUGGUAAAUAGUGUGGUCUACAGCUUAUCAUGAGAUACUCUACCUUUUUUUUUUUUUUUUUUUGUCAUUUAGCAGACGCUCUUAUCCAGAGCGACUUACAGGAGCAAUUAGGGUUAAGUGCCUUGCUCAAGGGCACAUCGACAGAUUUUUCACUUAGUCGGCUCGGGGAUUAGAACCAGCGACCUUUCGGUUACUGGCACAACGCUCUUAACCACUAAGCUACCUGCCGCCCUACCUCAGGUGAGGAAAUCCUAGAGACUUCCUUAAUAUUUGAUUUUGCGCACCAGCUGUUAUUGACAAAUAGACACAGACCACCACCCCUUGUCUUACCGGAGGCAGCUGUUCUGUCUUGCCAAUGCAUGGAAAAACCAGCCAACUGUAUAUUAUCCAUGUCGUCAUUCAGCCACGACUCGGUGAAACAUAAGAUAUUUGUCCCGUUGGUAGGAUAGUCUUGAACGGAGCUAAUCCAGUUUAUUCUCCAAUAACUGAACGUUGGCCAAUAGGACGGAUGGUAGAGGCGGGUUACUCACUCGCCGACUAAUUCUCACAAGGCACCCGGACCUGCAUCCCCUGUAUCGGCGUCUUCUCUUCAUGCGAAUGAUGGGGAUUUGGGCCUGGUCGGGUAUCUGGAGUCCGACUUGUUAAAGAAAGAAUAUUUGUCCAGUUCGAGUUGAGUAAUCACUGUUCUGAUAUCCAGAAGCUCUUUUCGUUCAUAAGAGACAUUGGUAAAAGAAGUUACAAACAAUGCGAAAAAACACAAAAUAGCACAAUUGGUUAGGACCCCGUAAAACAACAGCCAUCUCCUCCGGCGCCAUUCUAUAAAUGUGGUAUAUGGUCUGAUAUAAGCCAAUCAGGGUUCAGGGUUCGAACCACCCGGUUUAUAAUGGCUUGUUUAGAAUCCAAGGAUUUGAUGAGGAUCUUACACGUUCUAAUCUUCUCAGGUUGAGCAGAACCCUUUUUGGGGGUUUAUGGCCAUUGCUGUCGCUGUAUUCUGCUCUGGAUUUGCAGGUAUUGUAUCUUAGUUUUAUCUUCAUACCGUUAAUAAUCCAUAACAUAAUUUAUGACGGUAAUGGCAGGUUAUGUCUAAUGGUGUCACUUUGUGUUUGAACAGGUGUGUACUUUGAAAAGGUCCUGAAGAGCUCAGACACAUCCCUAUGGGUGCGGAACAUCCAGAUGUACCUGUCUGGCAUUGUGGUCACCCUCGCUGGUGUUUACAUGACUGAGGGUGCUCAGGUUAUACAGAAAGGCUUCUUCUACGGUUACACGCCAUGGGUGUGCUUUGUAGUAUGUGCGUCAAAUUUCAAGCUUGAUACAUGAACACAAUCAAUCAUGUUAUUUUUUUACGUCAGCAGUUGUCACAAAGUGCUAUAUGGAUACCCAGUCCAAAGAGCAAGCAAAGCAGAUUUUUAUGCAAUGAAGAUUUUCUUGCUUUUCUACCAUGCCUGGGGAAAUCUUUAUUUUAAUUUGUUUUACUUUUCCUAGCCUGAAUUUGUCUUGUACAUUGAAGUUACAUUUGGUCUUCUCUCCUUCCAGUUCUGGCUAGUGUGGGUGGUUUGUACACAUCAGUGGUGGUGAAGUACACAGACAAUAUCAUGAAAGGCUUCUCUGCUGCAGCCGCCAUUGUUCUCUCUACUGUGGCAUCUGUCAUUCUGUUUGGGCUACAGAUAAGUGAGUCAAUCAUUCAGAUCUCUGUGGGCAGGGACUAUUUACAUUUUUACAUUUACGUCAUUUAGCAGACUCUCUUAUCCAGAGCGACUUACAAAUUGGUGCAUUCACCUUAUAGCCAGUGGGAUAACCACUUUACAAAAUUGUUAAAUCUUUUUUAUUUAUUUUUCUUUUUCUUUGGGGGGGGGGGGGGUUGGGGUAAGGGAGGGGUAGAAGGAUUACUUUUCAUGAGUUACUGUUCAGACACUGCUCUUUGACACUCAAGUACUAAUAUAUCGUAUAAUAAUAGAAUCUGACCAACAUAUUUUGGCUGUGAGUGAAUUUAUAAAUAGUCCAUGGCAGGUUUUCAGUAACCAUUUUGCCUUUUCUUGCAGCUGUAACCUUUGCCAGUGGAGCAAUGCUGGUGUGUGUCUCCAUAUACCUUUAUGGACUUCCAAAACAAGACACCACCAAGCUUCCAAGAGCAGACAAGGAGGCCAAGCAGAAACUGAUCACUGUUUGA